AUGACGCCUCCGACUUCGCACGACCCCGCAAACGGCUUCCUGCAACUGCCACCGGAUAUUCGCGACAUGGCGUGCCAAAUGGCGGCGAGGUUGGAACACCAAAUGGACGUGAUCGUAUCGAGCGGACGACUAAGAGCGACCAACAUCAUACCGAUCGGCAAGGAAAUUCUGGACCUCAGUUCGCUCUGCUGUUGCAUACAAAGAAUGCUAGCCGGCGAAGUCCCGUGCAGCAUCCCAUCACACGAGGACCUGGACGAGCACGUCAUGACUUGCAUAGACCAAAAUUGCUGCGGGUGUUGUUCGGUGCUGGCGCUGAUGGACCUUGAAGGAGAUGUGUUGCGGAGCUUUUCAGACGACGAUGAUGACGGGGUGAUGCCGGUGGAGACGCAAAACGCAGCGCUGAGGAUCGUGGUCCAGGAGGUGGAAAAGGCUGUGGCGGCCUUGAAUGCGUUAUUUCCCGAGGAAGGGAAACCAUUUCCGGACAUAGAGAGGCGUGGAAGCUUGGAAUCGCCGAACAACAGGCAACUCAGUCAGAGACUUGGUGGAUUGUUUGGGAGGGCGAGGAGGAAAAGCGCUCGUUCGCCAAGGAAGGCAAAGUCGGGCGAUGUAGCGAGAAUGCAGCUGUCCGGGACGUGGCAGGAUCUACCGUGUUACGAGGAGCUUUGA